CAUGGUGCAUACGUGAGGAUCCUGGCUCGAUUUGAAAUCCAUUUUACAAAUGCUAUGCUGUAUUGGUUGAACUGGUAAACAGAAGUGCUGCCGAGUCAUGAUUGUCUUCAAGUAUAUAUUAGGACGAAAGCCCAGGUCAAUGUGAAACUCGUUCACUCACAACCCAUCAAGAUAUACACGAUCAAUCUAUUAGUCGGAGAUUCGGCUCUUGUCACCCCAUUUGAUAGUUCUCUCAAGCAAAACGGCUCCUCUGAAAGAUGCCUUCAUACGUGAUCACCGGCGUGUCUCGAGGUCUCGGUUUCGAAUUCCUGCGUCAGCUCUCCGCCAACACGGAUAACACCAUAUUUGGUCUUGUUCGUGAUAAAGCCACCACCGACAGCAAAGUUCAGGCCGAGCUUUCUGGGCGACAGAACAUCCACAUCAUAGAAGCUGACCAGACGGACCACGAAGCUUUGAAGAAAGCAGCUGACUAUGUUGCUGCUGCGACCGGCGGCAGUAUCGACUACAUCAUUGUCAAUGCCGCAAUAGCAUCAAAAUGGUCCUCAUUGGCUGAUUUCGGCGAACUAUCCGAAGACACGCCGCGUCUUCAGCGCGAACUCAUCGAUACCUUCAACGUCAACGUGGUCGGCCCCAUCGACGUGUUCAAUGUCUUCGUGCCGCUCCUGCUGAAGGGUGACACCAAGAAAGCAAUCGCUAUAUCUACAGGCUUGGCCGAUCGGGAUUUGACCGUUGAGUAUGACAUCGACGUUGCUGCCCCCUACGCGAUCAGCAAGGCUGCCCUGAACAUGGCGAUAGCGAAAUUCAGCGCUUUGUAUCGUUCCCAAGGUAUUCUAUUCAUGGCUAUUUCUCCUGGUGUCGUGAACACCGACAUGAAUUAUUCUGGUGAAACCGAAGCGCAGCAGAAGAAGGCAGGGCAACUUGUUUCCAGUUUUCUCAAGUACCAACCGAAUUUCAAACAAGCUGACACGCCACAAGACUCUGUCAAAUCUGUCCUGUCAGUCAUCGAGAAUUCAAGCGUGGAGGGUGGCCAGGCGGGUGCGUUUCUUUCCCAUUUUGGGACUAAGAGAUGGCUCUAGCGAAGCAAAAUAGCCUUGAUAAUGGCAAAGUCUAGUCUAG